AUGGAACAAUACAAGUGUCUUUCUUUGAUCGGCAGAGGUCACUCAGCAGAUGUCUAUCUUGCACGAGGCAGCGGGCAAACGCGAUUGGUCGCCAUCAAGGAGCGACAGAAACAGAAGGUUAUCGACCUCGAUGAGGCAGCGAAUUUGCAACGCGAGGUGGAGGCCCUCCAGACGCUAAACAAGUCCAGUCAUCCUUUCUUGGUCAAUCUUGUCGACGUCUUUCAAACUACGCAUGCCGUAUACCUUGUGGAGGAUUUCGCGAGUGGAGGUGAUCUUGACUUCCACAUCGGAAAGAAGCCUUUCACUGCCGAGCAAACGCGAUUCUACGCGGCGGAGCUUUGUCUCGCUAUCAAGGAUCUCCACGAGCACGACAUCAUCCACCGCAACAUCAAGCUUGAAAAUAUCCUGUUGGCAGCUGAUGGGCACAUCGUGCUUGCAGGGUUUGGCACCUGCAAACCUGAGACGACGGAUGACUCCAGUACGAGGGAGUUCGUUGGAGGAGGCAAUUUCAUGGCGCCUGAAGUGUGGCGCGAUCAAGGAUACGGACGACCGGCAGAUUGGUGGGCGUUUGGUAUCACACUCUACCAGAUGCUGCUGCGUGAAGAACCUUUCAAAGGUGAUGAUCUGGAUGAGGUUUAUGAUGCCAUCUUAUCGGAUGCUGAACCAAAUUAUCCAGACUCGCUGCCUGAGAAGAGUGUUGAUAUCUUGCGCAGUCUGCUCGUACUGGAUCCUCGACAGCGACUUGGCUCGGGUGAAGCUGGUGCUGUUCGAGUGAUGCAACAUCCGUAUUUCGAAGGCAUUUCUUGGGACGAUGUGGCGGAGAAGAAGAUUGAGCCAUCAUUCAUACCCGUGAGAAAUGAUGAGAGCGAUUUGUGUAAUUUCGACCCCGAAUUUACCAAAGCUCAAGGGAAUCUUCCACAACUCGAAGGUCAGACUUUGCCAUUCACAACGGCUGGCUCCUCCUAA